AUGGGCCCUUUCUCUUCCUCUAAGGGGAAUCGAUACAUUUUGGUAGCCGUUGACUACGUGUCAAAAUGGGUUGAGGCCAUUGCUACACCAAGCAAUGAUGCCCGUGUGGUAAGUAAAUUCUUCAAGAAAAACAUUUUCAAUAGAUUUGGUAUCCCACGUGUGUUGAUUAGUGACAGGGGAACACACUUCAUGGAGAGCCGAUUCGAAGCAAUGUUGAAGAAAUAUGGAGUGCAGCACAAACUUGGAAUUGGCUAUCACCCCCAAACCAGUGGCCAAGUAGAGGUAUCAAAUCGAGAGAUAAAGUCCAUCCUAGAGAAAACAGUUGCAAGAACGAGAAAGGAUUGGGCUGACAAAAUUGAUGAUGCACUUUGGGCUUACCGAACAGCUUACAAAACUCCAAUAGGUACAACCCCGUACAGACUUGUAUACGGAAAAGCUUGUCACUUACCCGUCGAGCUAGAACAUCGAGCAUUUUGGGCCAUCAAAAGCCUGAACUUUGACGCUAAGGCCGCGGGAGAGAAGAGGCUAUUGCAGUUGAAUGAGCUAGAUGAGCUCCGCCUCGAAGCCUAUGAGAGUUCAAAGCUUUAUAAGGAGAAAACAAAAAGGUGGCACGACAAGGGCCUCAUAAGAAGAGAAUUCAAAGAAGGAGAUCAAGUCCUUCUAUUCAAUUCAAGGUUGAAACUAUUUCCAGGAAACUCAGGUCAAGAUGGUCGGGCCCUUUCACGUUUAUGUCUGUGUUAUGCUGUUUUACAGAGAGUAUCAAGCUAA